AUGGGAAACUCCACGGCAGAGACUGAAAUAUUUUUGUGGUACUUCCUGCCCACAGUAGUGACUGUGCCACCACUAGGACUGCCAACUAAUGCUUGGGUCAUUUACCUCCUGCUGGGCAAACCUGGUAUUUGCUCUACCUCAGAGAUCUUCACACUGAACCUGGCAGUAAUCGAUAUGCUGUUCUGUAUCACAGUCGUGGGCGAAUACAUUGAUCUUUGGUUUAAUCAGUCAAUGGAGGCCACUAGCUUCCUGGCGUGGGGUUUAAACCAGGGAGGAGGGCCGCUUUUUCUCUGCCUUUUGAGUUUGGACAGCUACGUAGCAGUCUGCCAUCCUCUGUUCUUUCUGCGGCUCAAAGAUCCCAAACUGCGGCUGUCGUUGUGCUUGGUGGGGAGUGCCAUCACUGCUGCUUGCUGCCUUCUGGUCAAAGUCUCUGCAGGGUAUAAGUGGAAUGUGAUACUAGCAAUCAUAAGCUUUUCCACUGUGGUCGUAACAACCUGCAGCACCCUGAUUCUCAAGUCUCUCCGCCAGUCAGGGCCCAGCAAAAAAGAGGUCCACCCGGUUAAAAAGCGAGCAUUCAAAAUAGUGCUGUCUGCGCUGGUCAUAAUCAACGUCCACUACCUCCCCCCCAUCGGAGAAUACCUGCUGAGGCAGCUUGGUCCCACUUCUUUCAAGCCAUAUUCAGUUGUCACCUGUGUGGCCUACUGGAUUCUCUCCAUGAGCAGCUUUGUUCAGCCUCUGACUUAUCUCAUCCGGACGAAGCAGCUGCCCAAAAUCAGCUAA